ACUAAUUGGAAAAGAAAAAAAAAAAAUAGUAACACACGAAGAAGAAACGUUGGGUUCUCUUUUCUCUCUAAGCUCCGGAGGGCGAAAGCGAGGGUUUUGUGAAGAAGAGAGAGAGGGAAAUAAAACCCGAGUUUUAGGGAGAGAUAGCGACUAGAGAGAGAAGCCCCAACCUUAGGCGGAAGAGGAGAGAGAAAGAGGGGGCGAGAUUGGAGAUUUUCUCUUUUUCAGCUGUGGUGAAGGCUAGGGUUUUCAAAUUCAUUCAUGAAGGAGUAGAAUAUAAGCAAUUUGGAAAUUGCGGUUGAAAGUCUAAUAAUUGGAUCCUCGUGGCUCUACAGCAGGCGCUUAAGCAUCUGUGUUUUCCAGAAUACUUUGAUAAAUUUCGUUCUGAAGUCUACAACAAUUCUGCAUGGGAGAAAAAACGUUGUUUCUGCACAAUUACUUAUGUGAAAUCAAGAAACAUGGUAUGUGAAGCAGUAUGACGCUCGAGGAUUUCUUCACCUUGACUGAGAUGAAAGAUGGGCUCACAGCCCUAUCUCGAGUUGAGGAGCUGGUAACGGUAAUGCAGAAGGAGAAAGAUUGUGCGGUGAAGAAUGUUGGUGAUGCAUCUAGGCAGUGGGCUGCUGUGGCCAGCACUAUUGCUGCCACAGAGAAUAAAGAUUGCCUUGAUCUUUUUAUUCAAUUAGACGGUCUCUGGUUCAUUGAUAGAUGGCUAAAAGAUGCUCAAAAGUUUUGUACUGAUACAAAUGAAAGCUUUGUAGAAGAGUCAAUCACUGCUCUACUACAAGCACUUGAAAAGCUGCAUAUAAAUAAUGAGAGAUCAGUGUCUUCAGGAAUCUGGAUUACGGUCAAGAAUCUUCUUGGCCACAAAAGUUCUACAGUUCAGGAUAGAGCAAGAAUUCUGUUUGAUAGCUGGACGCAGGAAAGGAAGGGAGACGCAAGUAACUGUGAAGUUGACAAUGUUGUGGUAUCUCAUGAUGAUGCAAGUUCAAAGCUUGUUUCAGAGGACAGUAGACCAUCUCCUUCAGGUAUUCCUGUUACUUCUGAAGGAACUGUUAAAGGGGAAACUCUCAGUUCAGAACCUGCAGAAAGGGGUGAUGAUGUAGAGAUCCAUACUGAUAACAAUCCGCUUAGCACCCACAAAAUCUUAGACAGUGCAGACACAAAAGAGAGAUCUGCAGAUCCCCUGCCCUCUUCUGUUGUUUCAAACCCUGUUAAAGAAAAUCCUUCAGCGAUAGAAGAUUCCCCUGUAUGUCCUUUAGGAGUAACGUCUGUUGAGACUAGUUUUCCAGAUACGAAGAAAGGCACUGAUGAAGGAACUACAGAUUUCCAAAUAGUGAAUGAGUUCUCCCAAAAUGAAAAGCAGGCAGACAAAGUUGAAAGUUCUAUAUCUAGUCCUGUGGAACCUGGAAGUGCUCCACUGGAUGCCGCUGCUGCAAGUCCUCCGGAGUCAAAGAAGCAGCCUGAUUUGCAAAAUAAAGUUGAAGCCAGUGAGAAUGAUAUGUGUGAAAAAAUCUCUGCCACAGAUUGUGCACCAGCUGAUUCAAAGAGUGUGGUGGGAGAAUGUAGGGUUGGAAAUCAUUGCAGUGCAGCGGAAGACGGUGAACGUCGUUCUAAUGCAUUGCAGGACUCAUCUGUUAAUGGUACUGUGUUUGGGAACCCUGAGGAUUUAGAGACGUCUUCUAGGUUGGAUGACCUGGGAACCGUUGACGAGGAUAAGGAGCAUGCUAGUGAUGAAGAUAGGGAUUUUAGAAUUGCAUAUGAAUUCUCUAAGCCUGUGAUGGAUACCAAAAGUUCAGGUGCUAUUAACAAGAGAAGGUCUGAUAGUGAACUUGAUUAUGGUGUUGAUGCUUUAGAAGUUGCUCGACAGGUUGCCAAAGCAGUUGAAAGAGAAGUCUUCAAAGGACCAUUUACAAGCUCAUCUUCUGAGAAAACCUCAGAAGGUGGACUGAAGCAACCAGGUAGCCCUGACUCCAUAAAUGAGAAACAGGACCUGCCUACCGAGAUUCCACCAAAUGAGGUGCCAGCUGCUCAAACCCGUUCUUCCGAGGCAGCUAAUCUGGAUACGACAUCAGAGAACUGCAAUCAGGAUAUAGAGUCCUCCCAGGUGACGGAAGCAGCACAAGAAAUGGAGAUUAACAUAGAAAAAGGUUUGUGUGGUUUUGAUCUAAAUGAAGAAGUUUGCUCUGAUGAGAUGGAUGGGCCUGGUAAUACUGUAUCCACACCAAUUUCGGUUGUUUCUGCUUCGAGACCAGCAACUAUUCCUGGAUUGCCUGUAGCCCCUUUACAGUUUGAGGGUACUCUUGGAUGGAAAGGAUCUGCUGCUACUAGUGCUUUUCGACCAGCUUCACCGCGUAAAAAUUCUGACAGUGAUAAGAAUCACUCUGUUGGGGGUACAAGCGAUAGUGGCUCAAAGCAGAGGCACGAUUUUCUUGAUAUUGAUCUUAAUGUGGCUGAGGGUGGAGAUGAUUUAGGGAAACAAAUUCCAGCAUCUUCUGGCCUUCCUUCUGGGGAAUCAUCUGUAGAAGUGAGCCAAAGAUCAGAAAGGUUCAAGCUGGAUUUAAACCGGAUUGAGGAUGAUGGCGAUGUUCUACCAUCAAACUUAACAGUGGAAGGGCAGCAUAUGUACAACCGAAGCGGCCGUCGCAGCCCUUCUCCUGCCUCUUCAUCAUCAUCAAUGCAACCUUCUAUGAGAAACUUUGAUUUGAAUGAUAGGCCGGCCUUUCAAGACUCGUUAGAUCAAGGACCUGGUAAGCCUUCACAGACUGUAAAUCCACAUAUAGUGCCUAAACCAGAUGCUUCUGUCAUUUCCAUAAUGGGUACCAGAGUCGAGAUCAACAGAAAAGAGUUUGUCCCUCAAGUCCUCUCCCUACCAAAUGGCAAGGGUAUAGAGUCUGCAGUAGAUUCUACCAUGACAAGAACAGGAAGCUUUCUGGGGUUGGCUCCCACUGGUUCUUACACUCCUGCGUCUGUGUUUGGUUAUAAUGGUCUGACAACAGGGCCUACAAUGUCUCUGUCCUCUGCCUUAUAUGGACCCAGUGGUACAAUCCCCUGCGUGGUGGAUACACGAACCACGGUAAUGCCUCAAAUUGUGCCCUCUGCACCAGCUGUUCCACCUUAUUCCCAGCCACCAUUCAUUCUGAGCAUGACUAAUACACAACCGGGUCUAAACGGUGCUGGGCCAUCACGCCCCAAUUUCGAUCUAAAUUCUGGUUUCAUGGUUGAAGGAGGGAAUAGGGACUCGGGUCUAAGGCAGUUCUUCAUUACUGGGCAAGGAAGGCCGGUGGAGGAGCAUUUGAGGACCAAUUCACAGCCCCCUUCAAGUUCCAGCAUUGGCGGAAAAAGGAAGGAACCGGAUGGUGGGUGGGAAGCUUAUCAAUUUAGCUACAAACAGCAGCAACCACCGUGGAGAUAGAAGUUUUUUUGUUCUCCUGCACUUAUUGCUCUCUUUGGAUCGAUUCUUAAGUCCAACUAGUAGAUUGAUGCUUGCACUCCGAUUUCGAAGAUGAUCCGGAAGAAAUUAAUAAAGCUGGAGGGAUUGUCAAUGUAACAUGAUUUAUACGAUUAAUUGCUGAAGGGAAAGAAAUUAGGUUCUUGUUUUGAUUUUCUUGUAUUUUCUUUUCUUUUUUCUGUUUCAUAGGAGGCAUUUCAAGGUAGAAGACUUGGGAAUAUUUAGCUGUAAUUUCUUGUCCUUGUAUAUCACAAAAAUAUAGGAACGGGUCUCUAAGUUAUAUU